AUCCUACGUCUGUUUAUUUAUUAAUAAUAAUUAUUUAUUAAUAAUAAUAAUUAUUAUUUGGAGUACCGGAGAACGUUCACCCACUUCUCAUUUUACUGGUAGUGAAGUUUCAUUUCAUGCAAUGAUACUCAUUUGACAGAAAAAUUUGACUUAAAAUUCUAUGUGAACUAUUUUUAUUUCCCAUUUCAGGAGAUGGGAAUGGAAGAUUCUUUAGUUGACCCUGAACAACAAAUACCAGAGACUUCUUCUGUUUUAUCAAAUGACACGCAUCAAAUGCAGGAGCCACCAGGUGUCGCAGAGAAUGAAACUAGUGACGACAAAGGAGAUUUGCCAAAGGAACUUGUAGAGAACGACCCUAUUUACAAUAAUAAUUAUCACUUUUUCAAAAGUGAUGAUGAAAAUGCUUUAAACAAAGAGCCUCCCCUCACCUUUCAAGACUUUUCACAGUUUAACUUUGAUAGUUGUUUCACUAAGGGAUGCAAAUGGGCGCCCGAUGGAUUAUGUUUCUUGACUAAUAGCAACGAUAAUGUACUAAGGGUUUGGGAUUUACCACAGACCUUCCACAAUUUGAAAGAGUGGGAAAGAAAUACUGAGGUGUCCUCUUUACAUCCCUCUCUGUCCAUGAAAGAGGGUGGAUUAAUUUAUGAUUUCUGUUGGUAUCCUUUAAUGAACUCCUGGAAUCCCGUGACAUGCUGUCUUGCAAGUGCAAGUAGAGAUAGCCCUGUUCAUCUUUGGGAUGCUUUUAGUGGACAAAUUCGAGCUACAUACCGAGCAUACAAUCAGGUUGAUGAAGUUGAAGCAGCUCGCAGUAUUGCAUUUGAUCCAACUGGUGAAAAACUUUAUUGUGGUUUUAAAAAUUGUGUCAGGGUUUUUGACGUAAGCCUACCCGGAAGACAAUGCAAUACUAGAAACCUGAAGUCUGCAUCUGGUGAUACUCAAAAUGGCAUUGUCUCAUGCAUCACUGUCAGUCCUGCAGUUCCAUCACUCUUCGCUGUAGGAACCUAUCUCCGAACCAUAGGACUAUACAUGGAAAACACAGGGAAAGCUCUUUGCAUUCUACAAGGUCAUGAAGGAGGAAUAACUCAUAUGAAAUUCUCUGAAGAUGGUCUGCGUUUAUAUAGUGGUGGAAGAAAAGAUUCUGAAAUUUUGUGUUGGGAUCUCCGAGAACCUGGAAAAGUUCUCUUUUCAGUGCCUCGUCCAGUUCUGACCCACCAAAGAAUAUACUUUGAUAUUACUGCAGAUGGAGAGUACCUUCUUUCUGGAACACCUGAUGGGACAGUCUAUGUAUGGGAAACAUCAGGUGCCAUAAGUGAGGAAGGAACCUUAAAGGAUCCCAUAAAAGUAUUUAAAGCUCACAAUGAUUGCACAAAUGGGAUAAGUGUUCAUCAACAAUAUCCAUUAUUGGUGACCUGUUCAGGACAGCGACAUUACAUGGAAAAUUCUGACUCUGAAGAUGAGGUUGAAAGAGAAGCAAAGAAUAAAUCAUCCCAAUCAAUUGAGAACAGUGUAAAGUUAUGGUGGCUAGGAAGUGGAAAAUUAUCAGAUGAUGCUAUUCGUGAUGAUUAGAUUAUCCACAUCAGUAACAUUUCGUUUUAUAUCAAGGCAACUGCAGGAGAAAGAUACUGGCCAAAUCAAUUCUUUCUUGCCAAUAUCCAGCUUAUUGAAAACAAAAGGAAUAAAACCCUUAAAAACAGA